GGAAUGUUUAAAUAGGUUAUUUCCAUUUUUUCGUUAAAGCAGAUAAAUCGAAAGUUAAGUUCAAGUGCACUUAGUGAAAAAAUUAGUUACCGAACGAUAACAGCAAAUACGAUUGCCGUUUUGGAUCCAGAAAAAAUUUAUUGAAAUGUUUAACAGGCAAAAUUGAAUAAACUGAUGCAGGUGAUAAAAGAAAUGCCUUCUCAGUUGAUCAAUUGAGUUAGAAAACUUUCAGUGAUAAACUCGUGAGGUUCAAUUUGGUGUUAGCAACUCCCGCUCUUCAGAAAUAAUCGAAGUGGCAAAAAAUGGUAGUUACAGAACAGUGUUUUUCUAUUUCCUACGAAUAAUAGAAACUUAAUUAAAAAAUGCGGCGUUUUCAGGACUCAGUAAUGUGGCGUAAGUUGUUGUUCGUGUUGUUGUUGUCAUGUUUGGUGAGCGGCGCCAUAGAUCCAGGAGCUGAGGACGAAGAGAAGGUGCUACAUAUCGGCGGCAUCUUCCCCAUCAACGGCACCUCCGGGUGGCAGGGCGGCCAGGCCUGUCAGCCGGCGGCCAUGUUGGCGUUGCAAGACGUCAACGAGAGAGCUGACCUGCUGAAGGGAUACAAGCUCAACCUCGUCUGGAACGACUCGCUUUGCGACCCUGGGCUGGGAGCUGCCGUCAUGUACGAGCUGCUCUACAACGCCCCCACGAAGCUCAUGCUCCUGGGCGGCUGCUCUACUGUGUCCACCACCAUCGGCGAGGCCGCUAGGAUGUGGAACUUGAUUGUGGUCUCCUUCGGUUCGAGCUCGCCAGCUCUGUCAGACCGCAAGCGGUUCCCGACCUUCUUCCGCACGCACCCCUCGGCGACUGUCCACAACCCCACGAGGGUCAAACUUAUGAAGAAAUUCGGCUGGACACGAAUAGCGAUCCUGCAACAGGCGGAGGAAGUUUUCAUAUCGACAGCCGAAGACUUGGAAAUCGAGGCCACAAUGAACGGCGUUGAAAUUUUGACCCGCCAGAGUUUCCUAAACGAUCCGACGGACGCCGUGAAGAACCUGAAGCGCCACGACGCCCGCAUCAUCGUGGGGCUCUUCUACGUGGUGGCCGCAAGACGUGUGCUCUGCGAAAUAUACAAGAAUAACCUGUACGGCAAGGGCAAAGUCUGGUUCUUUAUUGGAUGGUACGAGAACGGAUGGUACGAGCGUCACCUGAAGGAGGAGGAACUCAACUGCACCCUGGACCAGAUGAGGAACGCUGCGGAAGGCCACCUCACCACCGAAGCCAUCAUGUGGAACAGAGACAACAAGAUCACCAUUUCGAACACCACUGCUGAGGCCUUCAGGAAGCGGCUCGAAAAGGAACUUUUUAACCGGGGUUACGAAGGUAUCCUUGAUGACAUCUUUCCUGAAGGAUAUCAAGAAGCGCCCUUAGCAUACGACGCCAUAUGGAGCAUGGCGUUGGCACUGAACGUCACCAUGGAGAAGCUGGCCCAGCAGGGCAAGAGUCUGCGGGACUUCACCUACAGCAACAGCGACAUCGCAGACCAGAUCUACGAGGCGAUGAACGCUACGCAGUUCCUCGGUGUUUCGGGUCCGGUCGCAUUCAAGACGGAUGGUUCACGCGUGGCGUGGACACAAGUCGAGCAACUCAUCCGCGGCAAGUACGAAGUGCUGGGCUACUACGACGGCCAGACGGACAACCUCACCUGGUUUGAAGUUGAACGCUGGGAAGGAGGCAAGGUGCCCCAGGACAGAACCAUCAUCAAGAGCGAGCUGCGGACCAUUUCACUGGGACUUUUCAUCGCCAUGAGCUGCAUCAGCGCCUUCGGUAUCCUCGUGUCCCUAUUCCUGCUGCUCUUCAGCUGCCUCUACAGCCACCGCAGGAUGAUGCGAAUGUCGCAUCCUGCUUGCAACAACGUCACACUCGGAGGAUCUAUCCUUUGCUUCAGCUCGGUUUUCCUCCUCGGCUUAGACGGAAGAUUUAUACCGGAAGAGAACUUCGCGUACCUGUGCACUGCACGAGCCUGGAUUUUAUCAUUCGGGUUCAGCCUGGCCUACGGGUCGCUCUUCUCGAAAAUUUGGCGCGUGCACCGCCUCUCUACCAAGAGCAAGGUCGAGAGCAAGCAAAUCAGCGUGGACCCAUGGAAGAUCUACGCGAUGGUGGGGGCGAUGUUGGUUGUGGAUGUUGUGGUAUUGAGUGUGUGGCAAGGAGUUGACCCCAUGGUGCGCACACUCGAGACCUUCCCACUCGAGAUCCCACUCGACACUGACGAUGAUGUUAAGAUCAUGCCACAGCUCGAGCACUGCGAGAGCACGCAUAACAACAUAUGGCUUGGAACGCUGUUCAGCAUCAAGGGGCUCCUGCUAAUCCUCGGUCUCUUCCUCUCCUACGAAACUCGGAGCGUCAAACUCGACAAAAUCAACGACUCGAGGCUGGUUGGCAUGAGCAUCUACAACGUGGCGGUGCUGUGCAUCAUCACGGCGCCGGUGACGCUGCUGGUGUCCUCGCAGCAGGACGCGUCCUUCGCCUUCGCUGCGCUCUCCAUUAUUUUCUGCUGCUUCCUCUCCAUGGCACUCAUAUUCGUACCAAAGAUCGUGGAGGUGGUGCAGAACCCACGCGAGCGCGUCGACUCCACGGAGCACGGACCGUCCCGAGAAGAGGAGGAGCGCUACCACGCCCUGGUCGCUGAGAACGAGGACAUGCAGAAACUUAUUUCUGAGAAGGAGGAGAUGAUCAAGCUGCUCAAGGAGAAGAUCGCACAGCGCAACGCAGCUAAGGCGAGAGAGGCGGCCUCCCUCAACCAUGUCGUCGCGGCGCCGGAGUCGCAGACCAGACUGCGGCAAGUCUCUGAUGCCGCAGACAAGAAGGACAAAGGCUGUGCUCGUCCCACCCCUCCGCGCCCCAACUCAACCGACGCGCCUGCCUCGACUGACGCCGCGAUGGUGCCUCGUAUCAACUUUAAUAUCUCUGAGUCCUAUCUUUAAGUUGCCAUCUUAAAUAACUUUCAUGCAUGCUGCUGGAAAAGUUCAUUAUUUUAUACAAUUCAUGUUUUUAAUCAUGCUUUUAAUGAUGGUGUCAACUGCCAAUAGUUAAUUCGAUUCUUUCUAAGGAUUUCUUUUACCCUCCUUCAUGGUAGCGUUCAAUUUUCAUCUGUGAAAAUUUUUGUUAUGAAUAUUGAGAGAAUGUUUGUGAAGAUUACUACUGGCUGGCCAUCAUCAUGAAUUUCGUUGAUAUUACUCAACCAUACCUAGAUUAGACUGCAUUUAAUGAUGGGCUUGUACAACGUCGUCGUGUGAUCACGGGAGAAGGUUUAGAAGGUAAUUAUUUGACAAUCGUAAGUCGUAGCGAAGUUAAAAUCGAACGUUUGACGUGUGCUUUAGUGUUCAUAAGCCAUUAUGGAAGAUGAUUUGGUGGAUGAGUUAUAGGAUAAUAAUUGUCAUUUAUGAGCAUCAGACAUUGAGUAGAUUUCCAGCACAAGUCAUUUACUGGCGAUUAGAAUGAAUUGCCAAACAGGCUAGUGGAAGCAGUGCACAGUCUAGCGACAGUAAGGACAGUCUAGUGGAAGCAGUGCACAGUCUAGCGACCGCAACGAACAUUCUAGUGGAAGCAGCGCACAGUCUAGCGACAGUACGGAUAGUCUAGUGGAAGCAGUGCACAGUCUAGCGACCGCAACGGACAAUCUAGUGGAAGCAGUGCACAGUCUAGCGACAGCAACAGACAGUCUAGUGGAAGCAGUGCACAGCCUAGCGACAGCAACAGACAGUCUAGUGGAAGCAGUGCACAGCCUAGCGACAGUAACAGACAGUCUAGUGAAAGCAGUGCACAGCCUAGCGACCGCAACGGGCAGUCUAGUGGAAGCAGGUCACAGUCUAGCGACCGCAACAGACAGUCUAGUGAUAGUAGUGCACAGUCUACUGACAGCAACAGACAGUCUAGUGGAAGCAGUGCACAGUCUAGCGACAGCAACGGACAGUCUAGUGGAAGCAGUGCACAGUCUAGCGACAGCAACGGACAGUCUAGUGGAAGCAGUGCACAGUCUAGCGACAGCAACGGACAGUUUAGUGGAAUCAGUGCACUGUCUUGUGACAGCAACAGGCAGUCUAAUGACAGCAACGGACAGUUUAGUGACAGCAACGGACAGUCUAGUGACAGCAAUGGACAGUCUAAUGACAGCAAUAGAGCGACAUCUCCUGUUCCGUCUAUAGCAAAACUUUUUUUGUGAAUAACGUUUGAACAUUUAUGUAUCCGUGAUUUGAUUUAAUAUGUUAUUUCUGUCAACUUAUUGCUUGUCUAAUUUAUUUUAGAGUAUAUAUGUAGAAAUUUAGGUUACGUACAGUCAGUACGCGAAUUUUAUUGUUUUAAUAGUUGAAUAUUUAGGCUUCAUGUGGCUUGACAGUUUGCACAAAUUUACUGAAGAAAAUAAAAAUAAGUAGUAACUUUGUUUUUCUCUAAUGAGAAUCCGUGAGCUGCGGAAGUCAAUUCUUGACCAUACCUGGGUAUUUUUAUCAAAAAAGUGAUAAAUACCUGAAAAUAACUGAAAGUAUUAAAUUGCUGGCGGUUUAGAAUUCACUAGGUAAACGACUGCUCAAGGGUGAGAGUACGUUAUAAUUCUGAAAAUAAUUUAUAAUAAAAAGAAGUCACGGCGGAAAUUAUGAAUGCGAAGAUGUUGGUGCUGCUAUAAUUACAAGUAAGAGCGAAUUAAUAAAAAAAUGUUUUGUUCUGUAAUAGUUUAAAUAUAGAAAUUUUCAGGUGUUAUGCUUGUAGUUUACAUGCAUGAUCCUGUUUCCUCACGUUGAGCGUCAAGUACUCAUUAGGAAGUAGUUGAUUUCGCAUUAUCUUAUCUUGUUGUGCUCUAACUACACUUGUAUUUCUAUUACCCGACUUACUCUUUAACUUCCAGAACGACCUCAGACGUCGUAGAACUUUUAUUACGACAUUUUACAAUUGCAAAAAUUGUAUGAAGUGCUUCAACCUCCUACAUUUCGUUGCGACGAUAUUUAUUUGGUAGAUAUUUUAAUGGAUUAAAAAUUUUUAUUUUAAAAUGCACUAGGUUAUUAUCUAGAAGUGUAAACACGAGGCAAAGUAAUACCCCUAGCUUCCUCAUAUACGUGGAAGGACUCCAACUAAGGGCAAAAAAUUAAUCUCGUGUUCUAAAAGAACAGUUUUUUGCUGCAUUUUAUUAAACUACUACUUCGGAGAAAUAAAUGCCUUUUGACUAUUUAUUUUGAAUGAAUAUUGUUCUAAUGUUUUUUUGGUGAUUUGUAAGAAAUUAAUUAUGCGAAGUCUAAGUUGAAUGACGGAUGUGGUGCUGUUUAACUGAAUAAUAGAGCCCUUCAAGCAUGUGAAAUAUUUUAACAAUGAAAGGGUUUUUAGCAUAAAAUAUUUUCAUC